AUUUAUCAUCCUAGUUAUUUUUUUUCUAAAUCGAAUUUUAAAAAGUUCCUAAGUUUGAAACAGUGACCAAGAAAAUAAUAGAACGACGCUGUCGCUAACCUGGUUAAUAAAAUACUAAUUAUUUUAUUGUUGUUAUCUAUAGCAAUAAACUAUCAAUAAACAUUUAACGUUUUGUUGGCCAGGUGUGUUCUAUUUGGUUCUAUUAUUAUUUGAGUGUUAUAUUUCGAAAAUGGUGAACUUGGGCGACAUUUUUCCCAAUUUCUCUGCGAAGACCACCAUCGGAGAUAUUAAAUUCCACGACUGGCUCAAAGACUCUUGGGGAAUACUAUUCUCGCACCCCGCCGAUUUCACCCCAGUUUGCACUACGGAAUUAGCCAGAGUAGUCAACCUUUAUCCAGAAUUCGUUAAAAGAAACGUAAAAGUCAUUGGAUUAUCUUGCGAUUCCGUGGAGUCCCACAAGAAGUGGUGCAACGAUAUCAAAGUAUACGGUGGUUGUCCAGGGGACAGUUUUCCUUAUCCCAUAAUUGCCGAUGAAGACCGAGAACUUGCCACCGAACUACAAAUGUUGGACCCCGAUGAGAAGGAUGCUCACGGUAUUCCCCUUAGUGCUAGAGCUGUCUUCAUUGUAGACCCUAAUAAAAAAAUGCGGCUCUCUAUUUUGUAUCCUGCUACUACCGGAAGGAAUUUUGAUGAGAUAUUGAGGGUGUUAGACUCUUUGCAGCUGUGUGAUAAACAUAAGGUGGCAACACCGGCGGACUGGAAGUCUGGUGACGAUGUCAUGGUCCAACCCAGCGUACGGGACUCGGAAGUCAAAACGCUUUUUCCUUCUCUUACAGUGGUGGCAUUGCCUUCUGGUAAAGGCUAUAUAAGAAAGACUCCUCAGCCAUGAAUAAAAGAUUUUCACAUUUUUCUACCAGAUUUAAAUAUUUGAGUUUCAGUUUUGUUUUGAUGAUUUUCACAGUUUGUUAUU